ACAGAGUUAGGGUUGGAAGAGAAGGGCAGCUGCGCAUGAAGUAGAGACAGGAGAAAGAAGAGGACUGAGGGGAGAAGAGAAUAGAUUUGGAGAGCAAGGCAAAAUGCGGGCAGAGUUCUGGCUGUAGCGGCAUCAAGGAUAGAAUAACAGAAGAAGUGGACAACUGGACACAAUACUUCCAGGGAGUAAAGGAGAAGUAUGAGAGAGUAAUAAAGGAUAGUUUGAUUAUUCAGGGUGGAGUGAGAAGGAGCAAUAGUGAGGGGACUGCCAAAAGGAGAGAAGGGGAGAGAGGGAACAAGAGAGGAAUGUAAAUCAAGAAUUUAAAGAGAGAGGUGGGAGAGACGGGAUAGGAGAGUAAAAGAGGGGACAGGUGAGGAAGAAGACCGCGUGGGUAAAGUGAAACAAGGCUUGAAUGAUUUGGGGGGAGAGUGCAGGAAGAGAUAUAAGGCAAGUAGGACAAAGGGUUUUGAAUACUCACACUCCCUACAAAGGAGCAGGACGUCGAAGGUUGAAAGAGGCAAAAAGGAGAGAAAAAGCAGGUUGAAAGCUGCCCACAAUGGAACAAGACUCGAAGAAAGGAAAAAAGGCCCUGGUGUCUCCCAUUAAGCGCCUGGUUUUCCCUAAAUCUGGCAGACGUUCCGCAGUCAAACCCAACAGUUACCGACGGCCCCUUCACUCUGUGCCUGUGAUGCCCCCGGACUUUCUCAUUGACCCCCAAAUCCUUCUGCAUGAUUAUGUAGAGAAGGAGGUCAAGUUCUUGGGGCAUCUGACGUGGGUUGUCUCCUCCCUGAACCCAUCCAGCAGAGAUGAAAUCCUGCAGCUUUUGGACAUGGCCAGGACACUGAAGGAGCUGCCAUUACACUGCACCCCAGAACAGGACAGUAUCCUCAGCAUGUCAGCCCGCAGCCUCUUGCUCACGUGGAGAGAUAAUGAAGAGCUGAUCCUGAGAAUCCCAACCCAUGAAAUCGCUGCAGCCUCUUAUGUCAGGGAUGAUGCUCUGCACCUCUUGGUCCUGAAAACAGGGCUUGGGCUGGACGCAGUACCAGCUGCCGGUAGUUUGGAGAGAAAGCCACCAGCAGGACCAAGUGACAGAAGCCAAGGAGGGGGGAACUCAGGACAUAAACAAGCAGGUGGUGCCAUGGAGAGAAGACACACAAUAUGCAGUUUAGACUGGAAGAUGUCUCAUGGAUCAACAGAUGGACGUCAAAAAGGUGGCGGAAGCUUAGAGAGAAAACCAGUGACAGGCAGCUGGGAGAAGAGACAUGGAGGUCCAGCAUGUGGUGAAAGUUGGGAGAGAAGAAUGACCUUUAGUGGAAGCUGGGAGAGGAGGCAGCCCCGCGGAAGCAGUUGGGAGAGGAGGCAGCCAUGUGGGGGCAGUUGGGAGAGGAGGCAGCCCUGUGGAGGCAGUUGGGAGAGAAGACAGGCCUGUGGAGGCAGCUGGGAAAGGAGACACACAGGGCAGAAUCCACUGGAUCCAAAGGAGCCCAGCCCAGAGGCUUAUUGCAACCUGAUCAUUCUGGCUGUUGAGAAUAGGGACGCUGCGGAGGAAUCCUGUGCUCUCAUUUGUCAGGUUUUCCAGAUCAUCUACGGAGACCAAAGUAUUGAGUGUGUUGACCGCGCUGGAUACCAUUACACCUCCCCACCAGAGAGACCAUGGCUUUGUCGCUGUGAGAGCUCUCACACCGACGGGACAUUUGCUUACGAUGCCGAUUUCAGCUGCUGCAGCUCCUUCAAUGGCUCCCAUGACACAUUUGAAGUGAACUACAGUGGAGAAUCAUCGCCGUCCAAUGCUAUGUCGCAGCAGAGCCUGGCAUCUGGGUGCAGUGGUGCUGAGCAGGGCAGUGUGGGGCUGGAACAGCUACAGGAAUACUUGGCCACGCUGAGAAACAAGUUGUCUCCAAUGGAGAUACAGAAAUUUGCUGCUCUCCUGCGCCAGUACCGGCUUGGAAUGGAGGUGGAAGAAUAUUGCAGGGAGUUGUUACACCUAUACGGGGACAGCCGGAAAUUCCUGCUUCUUGGUUUGCGGCCCUUUAUCCCAGAUUUGGACAUUGGCUAUUUUGAGGGCUUCCUGGAGAACAUUGGGAUCAGAGAGGGUGGAAUUCUGACGGACAGUUUUGGAAGGAUCAAACGCAGUAUGAGCAACACUUCGGCAUCUGCAGUCCGUAAUUAUGACAACUGCUCGCCGGGCUCAGAGUCGGAGUCAUUUCACCGUAUUAUCAGCAACAUUACGCAAAACAUUGAAGCGCUGGCGCAAGAUGAUGAUGACUACUUGUGACCUCUGGCCAAAGAUUCUAUGCACAAAAUGAUAUUUUAACCAUGAAUUUAGUACUGGCAGCCUCCUCUCUCCAUCUCGCAUCUAUAGUCAGACAGAGUUAAGUUGCUAUGGUAUGCACAACUAGCAACUAAACUGUAUAUCUGCAGACGUUUCCCCAAGAAAAAACACACAGAAGAAAUACGGGGUGUAAGCUGCACCCAUAAAAUGUCUGACACACAGGACAGAAUCUAACCUUGAUAAAUAAAACCAUGUUUAUUUACACCAAAUAGUUCCAACAUUAGAUCUGUCACGUGAAGGAGAAAAGCAUUUUCUGUGUUACGAAGACAGCUCCUUGCUGGGGGACAGGCGUUGCAAAUUAAAAAGGGGGAGAGGGGGGGUGGGUGCAAUUGGGUAGUGGAGAGACAUGAGAGCAAGUCUUGCCCAUGAACAUGAUUGAGGAGGCCGGUACCUCAGCAGGCCACUUCCCAGCAAGGAAUGGGGUAGGAAUGCCACAGGGACAUAUGGAGGCAGCUCCUAAUUAUAAGGGGAUGAAGGAGCUGGGGAGGCAUUUCUGGGAUAGUAACAAAAAUCA